UGAUUGAUUAUUUUUCCUGGUGCAUUUUCAGCGUUCCCUGUGACAUCUGUGAUUGACUCUUCAGGUCUGUUCGUUUUCAAGAUGGCGCCGCUCACAUCUUCCACACGUGAAUUGUUCAGUGAAGCAGUUCGGGCUGUUUUGGAAACGUGGCCGGUGCUACAAAUCGCGGUGGAUAAUGGUUUCGGAGGCGCGUACAGUCAGCAGAAAGCGGAGUGGAUGGUGGACGCGCUGCAGCAGUACUUCGUCGAUAACGAUGAGCUGCAGCAGGACGAGGUGGAGGAUUUCAUCUCUGACCUGAUGAACAACGAGUUUGACACGGUGGUGGAUGACGGCAGCUUGCCGCAGGUUUGCUUUGUUGUUGAAUAGAUAUUAGUCGAAGGUGUUUACAGUUGUUGAGCU